AUGCAGCAUCCACCAAAAAAGACCAGUAGAUACCCAAAAGAUUGGUUACACUGUAUCACCCAACCUAUCCAAUACAUACCUGCUGUCAUACUUGGAUUACUCCUCAAUCUCUUGGAUGCUAUCUCUUAUGGUAUGAUCACAUUCCCUUUGAAUAACCCCAUAUUUGCUGCCUUUGGUCCUGAUGGAAUAUCCAUGUUCUUUGUGAGUUGUAUCAUAUCACAACUAGUUUACUCUUGUGGCGGAAGCGUGUUUGAUGGUGGAAAUGGAAGCAUGAUGAUUGAAGUCGUACCCUUCUUACACAUAAUGGUCGAAAAGAUUAUCAGCGUUACGGGCACAGAGAAUUCAAAUACAGUCAUCUCUUCUACCAUGGUUGCAUUUGCACUCAGUAGCAUCAUGACCGGACUCGCCUUCUUCUUACUAGGCGCACUUAAACUAGGUUCAUUCAUCGGUUUCUUCCCUCGUCAUAUACUUGUAGGCACUAUUGGUGGCGUUGGUUGGUUCUUGAUCGCAACAGGAAUCGAAGUCGCUGGUAGACUCGAUCAAAACCUGGAAUACACGCUUCCUAUGCUCAAGAAACUCUUUCUGGAUACACAUGUUCUUGCUCUCUGGAGCUCGGCAUUUGCUGUCGCCAUCCUGCUUAGAAUGAUUCAAGCUCGUGUGACCUCUCCAUUGGUUGUGCCACUCUUUUUCAUGGUUUUACCAUUAGCAUUCUAUCUGAUCGCCUUUAUCUUUGGCCUCGAUCCAAACAGGUUAAGAGAUCAAGGAUGGAUUUUUCCCUUGGUAGAGAGCAAUACGCCGUUCUGGCAUUUUUAUACACUGUAUGAUUUUAGGGCUGUAAACUGGCGAGCUGUUGCUGAAACACUACCGGCUAUGCUAGCAUUGACCUUCUUUGGUGUGUUACAUGUUCCCAUCAAUGUUCCUGCACUUGGCGUUUCAACUAAUAAGGACGACGUCAAUGUUAAUCGUGAAUUAGUAGCUCAUGGUAUAUCCAACGCUGUCUCGGGUUUGUUUGGUUCAGUGCAAAAUUACCUGGUCUACACCAACUCUUUGCUCUUUAUCCGCUCAGGAGGAGAUAGUCGUGUUGCAGGCAUUAUGCUUGCUGGGGCCACGGCGAUUCUAUGGAUGAUUGGCCCUUGGAUUGUUGGCUACAUCCCUGUGAUGGUCGUCGGUAGCUUAAUUUUUCACUUGGGUCUUGAUCUCUUAAAGGAAGCGUUGGUUGAUACAUGGCACGCAGUUCACUACUUGGAAUACAUCACAAUUUGCGGUAUCGUCGCCUGUAUGGCCGUCUUAGGCUUUGUCGAGGGUAUCUUGGUCGGUAUCAUUAUGGCCUGUAUUUUCUUUGUUGUUCAAAAUGCACGUAGCAGUGACACCAUCCGCGCAACUUAUACUGGGCAAUUCAUGCGGUCAGCCGUCCGUCGCCUGUACCGCCAGGAAAAAUAUUUGAACGAGGUAGGCUGUCAAAUCCAAGUGGUCAAGCUUCAGGGCUACCUCUUCUUUGGCACAAUCGAUCAAGUAGAGCGAACAAUUCGCGCGAUGUUGGACGAGCAUGCAUGGGAUAAGCACCCGAUCCGAUUCUUGGUGCUUGAUCUUCAGCUCGUACAAGGCGUUGAUUUCAGUGCGGCCGAGGCAUUUGUGCGUAUUCGUCGGCUACUGCGCACACGCCAAGUGUACAUGAUCUUUUGCAACGUUGGACAAGACGCACAAAAGGCACUGAUCAAGGCUGGUGUGUGGACAGACCAACAAGACUCGGAAGGGGAUGAUCUCAAGUGCUUUGAGCGUCUAAUGGACGCGAUCGAAUGGUGUGAGAAUAUGCUGUUAUCAGUGUACUUUAGUAAAAAAGCCAAGUUUCAUGAUUCUGAUAGAAAACACGAACACUUCCCACUCUUUGGAUCUUCGCCUCGUAAUGAUAUGUUAAAUCAUGCCAUUCACCACAUCUUGAAAGGUAAAUAUAUAUAUAAUGUAUAUCUUAUAGUCAACUCACUCAUUUAUAUCCCAGACUCCCAUCCGACAUUAGUACACAGCAAUGCAACUCAACCUACGCUCAUCUUGGUUCAAACAUUUGGUGACAUAUCCGAUAAUGUCUCUGUCGAAUUCUUUCACAAGCUUAGCCGUUACUUUGAACGUGCCACUGUCAAGAAAGGAGAAUUAAUUUAUAAUCAAGGCGAUACGUGUGACAGUCUAAUCGUGCUGGAACAAGGUUCACUGCGAUGUUUGAUGACCAUCCUAAAGGAACCAGUGACAGUUGAGACAAUACUGCCUGGCACUGUCGUAGGCGAAAUGGGAAUGUUUACCUCCAGCCCAGCGCGCACGCGAUCAUUGAUUGCCGAUCAAGAUUCUGUCUACUGGAAGUUGACAAAAUCAUCCUUUGAUCGCAUGCUUCAGGAAGACCCACAGACGGCCAAUCAAUUUGUAUUUCUAACAUUAUACUUUUCUUCUGAACGAUUGGAUAUCAUGACAAGAUACGCAUACCUCUUGCAUUAA